AUGUUUUCUACUGCUAUUAUUGCUGCUGCGAGUUUCCUGGGUCUAAGCACGCUGACCCGUCGCGAUGAGGUUUCCAGUCUAGGACCGAACCCCCAGUUCGCAUACGACUUUCCGAUUCCUGGAAAAAAUGCAUCAGAUCUGUUUCCUAUGCACCUGUGCCACGGCUUCCGACUAGAGGAAGCCAGCAUAGACGAUAUUCAAGGGUUAUUGACAUCGCGAGCCCUAUCCAGUGUCGAUCUCGUGUCUUGCUAUCUGGACCGCAUUUACCAGACUAGCAGCUACCUCAAUGCUAUUCUGCAGAUAAACCCAGACGCCUCAACAAUUGCAGCAAAGCUCGACCAAGAGCGCGCCAACGGCACGGUCCGCGGUCCCUUACAUGGGAUCCCGUUCGUCGCGAAGGAUAAUAUAGGAACAAAGGACCGUAUGGAGACUACCUCUGGCAGCUGGGCACUAUUAGGAUCUAUAGUCCCGCGGGACGCAUUUGUAAUAAGCCAAUUACGCGAAGCAGGAGCCGUGUUGCUGGGAAAGGCCGCGUUGAGCGAAUGGGCCGACAUACGGUCGAAUAACUACUCGGAAGGCUAUUCUGGGCGCGGAGGCCAGUGCCGCAGUGCUUAUAACUUGACGGUAAACCCGGGUGGGAGUAGCUCUGGGUGUGGAGUCGCUGUCGGUGCCAACCUUGUUCCUUUUGCACUGGGUACGGAGACCGAUGGUAGUGGUAUGUGGACUCCAGACAAGCAUUCCAGCUCUUGGCGCGACAUCUCUAACGAAAAUACAGUAAUCAAUCCGGCAGAGCGCAAUGCCAUAGUUGGUAUAAAACCCACAGUCGGCUUAACAUCGCGCAGCGGUGCUAUCCCCGAGUCGUUGAAUCAAGAUACCAUAGGUACAUUUGGUAAAACGGUACGCGAUGCAACCUAUGCACUCGACGCCAUUUAUGGUGUGGAUGGCCGCGACAAUGCUACACAUAUGCAACAAGGAAAGACGCCUGCUGGGGGCUACGCUCAAUUUCUGGGCAACAAGAGCAGUCUUCAGGGCGCAGUAUUCGGCCUGCCAUGGGAAUCCUUUUGGAAACUAGCUGGCCCAGAGCAGCUAUCCCAGCUGGUGGAGCUUUUAGAUAUGAUAAAGGGAGCCGGCGCAACCAUAAUCAACGGAACUGAGUUGCCACAUCACGAAAAGAUUGUCUCGCCUACUGGUUGGGACUGGGAUUAUGGAACCGCGCGUGGCUAUCCCAACGAAUCUGAAUAUACCUACAUCAAAGCUGAUUUCUACAACCACAUCAAGGCAUAUUUGGCAGAUUUGGACAAUACCUCUAUGCGCUCACUAGAAGAUCUAGUUGCAUACAACGCCGAGAAUGCUGGCUCCGAGGGCGGACACCCCAACGUCCAUCCCGCAUUUGCUUCUGGGCAAGACGGCUUCGAGGCAUCUCUAGCGACAAAAGGCGUGAUGGACGAAACAUACUGGCAAGCACUUUCAUUCUGCCGCCGGACCACCCGCGAGGAAGGCAUUGAUGCAGCUCUGCAGCACGGUGACCGCGUCUUGGAUGGCCUCCUGGUGCCUCCAGAUGUAGCCCAGAGCAUCCAGAUUGCAGCGCAAGCUGGAUAUCCGGUAAUUACCGUCCCAGCUGGCGUGAACCGCGCUUCUGGUAUGCCGUACGGACUGGCGAUCAUGCAUACCGCGUUUGCGGAGCCGACAUUAAUCAAGUACGCGAGUGCUAUUGAGGAUUUGCAGAAGUCUACGGAUACUCGGUGGAAGCGUACUUUGCCUGAGUGGCGUGGACAUUUGACUCGUAAUAUCCCUGUGAUUAACGCAUAG